AUGAUGAUGAAAAAAUAAAGAAAAUUUUUUUUUGAUCAAAUCAAAGACUAUUUUGAUUAUAUAAUGAAAUUAAUUUCAUUUUCUAAUAAAGCAUCAAGACUUUUUUUUCAAUUGCAACCACAACUUAAAUUAAACUAGAUUUUGUAUAUUUUGUUUAGUGUGACAUCAACCAAAUACUAACUGAAUGAGUUUAAUUUCUAUUUGUAAAUUUUAUUAGGCAAGGUAUAAAAAUAGAUAUUAUCAUUAUUUAGAUUCCUUCCUCGGAUAUAAAUUUGAAGGAAAAAGACAUCAAAAUUUUCUAUAAUAGUAAGGAUAAAUUUUAUUCUGUUUUUUCUUAUUUUAAAUCAAAUUAUGAAUAAUGAAAUAAGUUCUAUACUGAAACACUUCUAUAAGAAUUUGACAAAUAAAAAUAGAUUGGUACAGAUCAAAAUAACGAAUUAGUAUUCAAUAAUUGAUCUAUUUUUAGAUUUAAAUUGUUAAUGAAAUUGUCAAAAUGAAUAUAAGAAAUAAAAUCACAUUAGACAAUUAUAAUAAAAUUUGUAUCUAUUGCAUAAGAAAAAUUUCUAAAUCAAUCUAAAAACAAUAGCAAAAAAAAAUAUUGAUGAUACAACAUUAAGACAAAUUUAUAAAUUAUAAAUUUAUAUGUUUUAUUCGCUUCAUCCAUAGAAGUUUGUAUAAAACUCAUUUGAACCAAAAAUCUAGAAGAAGAAUUAGAUCAGUCUUCAAUUUAAAAAUUUUAAAAUAAGCUUUUCGAUUUAGAUAUGAAUUAUUCGCUUUUAAAAUGAUAAUAUUAUGUUACUAUCUUUAUAAUAUAUGA